UGUGUGUGUGUGUGUGUGUGUGAGAGAGAGAGAGAGAGAGAGAGAGAGCAACCAGCCCUGUAAUCAAGAAAGAAAGAGAGAACUUACGCAAGAAAGAAACAUUGUCAUUUUCUCACCUGGCAGCACGAAAAGGAUAAUCGCAUUGCAUCGGAGGACCACAUUACAACACCGGGCUUUGCCUGGCAGAAACAACAAACAGCCUUUUGGAACUCAGUGGAAACAAAACAAAAAACAAAACAAACAACAAAAAAAAUCUGGGGCGCACACUGACAAUAAACAACACACUCAUCGACAAGUGGACGGCUCUGCAGAUGGGAUAUGGCAAGGAACAGGGACGAAAGGAAAUAAGCGAGUGUUCUUUUUGCCCCUUGUGCAUUUAAACCUUGCGUUUACGGUAAUCUCCAUUUUCAUAAAACUUUAAGAUCAGAAGAAACAAUGAAGACUUGAAACUCUUCUCGUGUAACGUUUUGUUAGUUAGCUGGCUAAAAGCUAGCGGUUUUUUCUGUUUAGUGGAGUGUGUCCGGAGUGACGUUGGCUAGCUGUUAGCUAACGUGUUGUUUUGAAAGUUUGGCAUUUCUUUUCCCUAAAGAGUGAGAGUGUUACAGUUGGAGUUAAAGGGGAAGGAUUGCUUCUUGACUUCGCACCCUCUGCACGUUUUUUUUGUAAAUGAUGGCCGCUGAGGUCAGCACCGAGGAGACGGGUUCGGUCUCAGCUGGGACGGGGGGUAUGAGCGGUGGAGGCCCCGACACGGCCCAUUUUUUAUAUUAUACCAAACCGAGGGUGCGGGUCAGCGAAUUGGGCUCAGGAGCAAAUCAAAUCCUCCGCCAGUCACCCAACAACUCUCCCGACUCUCUCCUUGAAAUGCCGAUGUACCCGGUCCCCGGAGGGGAUCUCUCAGGAUCAGUCUUGCCCGUCGCUGGGAGUGGCAGCGGUUGUGGACACAGCAUUGCCUUUGGGACAAGCUCAGGAGCCGACAUCGGAGGAUCCUAUUCCCCGAUUUCAGAGGGAUUAAAUAGCGGGAUGUCCUCGAUGGGUCUGGACGGGCCCGCUUACUUUCCACCGUUGCCACCCCCUCCUCCACCGCCAAACGCUUACGGGACUCUCGGCACAGUGGAUGAAAACGAUGUGUUGGAUGGACCAGAAUUCGAGGAAGAUGAGGUGACAUUUCGACUUACUGCCCCGCCCACGAACCAGUGGUAUCAUGGGAAGCUGGACCGGACCAUCGCGGAGGAGCGUCUGCGCCAGGCCAGGGCGGCAGGAAGUUACCUCAUCAGGGAGAGCGACCGCCGGCCCGGCUCCUUCGUCCUGUCCUUCCUCAGCAUGACCAACGUGGUCAACCACUUCAGGAUAAUCGCCAUGUGCGGUGACUAUUACAUCGGCGGGAGGCGGUUCUCCUCGCUGUCGGACCUGAUUGGCUACUACAGCUACGUGUCCUAUCUGCUGAAGGGAGAGAAGCUGCUGUCACCUGUGGCUCCACCUGAGCCCGUGGAGGACAGGAGGAGGGUGAGAGCCAUUCUCCCGUACACCAAAGUGCCAGAUACGGAUGAGAUCAGUUUCCUCAAAGGGGACAUGUUUAUCGUUCACAAUGAACUGGAGGACGGCUGGAUGUGGGUCUCCAACGUCCGCACGGAGGAGCAGGGCCUCAUCGUGGAGGACCUGGUGGAGGAGGUGGGACGAGAGGAGGAUCCACAUGAGGGCAAAGUCUGGUAUCAUGGGAAGAUCAACAAGCAGGAGGCUUACAACCUGCUGAUGACAGUCGGUCAGGUAUGCAGCUUCCUGGUUAGGCCCUCGGACAACACCCCCGGGGACUACUCCCUGUUUUUCCGCACCAAUGAGAACAUCCAAAGGUUCAAAAUAUGCCCCACCCCCAACAACCAGUACAUGAUGGGUGGCAGGUACUACAACAGUGUUGAUGACAUAAUCGACCAUUACAAAACGGAGCAGAUUGUGGAGGGUUACACCCUAAAAGACGCAGUAUCGAUCCAGCAGCAGGAACAAGUCAUCACCGAUUUGGUAGACGGCAAAGAAAUUUACAACACUAUACGACGGAAGACAAAAGAUGCAUUCUACAAAAAUAUUGUCAAGAAGGGCUAUCUCCUAUUUAACAAAGGCAAAGGGAAGCGAUGGAAGAGCCUUUACUUCAUCCUGGAAGGGAACGACGCGCAGCUCAUCUACUUCGAGAGCGAGAAGCGCGCCACCAAGCCCAAGGGUUUGAUAGACCUGAGCGUCUGCUUGGUGUACGGCGUACACGACAGUCUGUUUGGCAGGCCAAACUGUUUCCAGAUUGUGGUGCAGCACUUCAGUGAAGAGCAGUACAUUUUCUACUUCGCAGGAGAGACGCCUGAACAGGCCCAGGACUGGAUGAAAUGCCUGCAAACGUUCUGCAGCAAUCUGAGGAAGCCGACGCCGCCAACCACAAACAAGAGACUUCGGCAGGUUAGCAGUUUACUCCUGUACGUGGAGGAGGCCCACAAGCUCCCGGUCAAACAUUUUAGCUACCCCUACUGCAACAUCUACCUGAACAGCGUGCAGGUAGCAAAGACACACCCUCGAGAGGGACAGAACCCUGUGUUCACAGAAAAGUUCAUCUUUGAUGAUCUGUCAAGUGAUAUCAACAGGUUUGAGAUCAGCUUGAGCAACAAGACAAAGAAGAGCAAAGAAAGCGAUAUCUUGUUCAUGCGGUGCCAGCUGAACCGCCUGCAGAGAGGCCAGCUGAUCGACGAGUGGUUCCCCCUCAGCUCCCACGUCCCCCUCAAGGGCAUCGAACCCGGGACCCUGCGGGUGCGGGCCCGCUACUCGGUGGAGAAGAUCAUGCCGGAGGAGGAGUACAGCGAGUUCAAGGAGCUCAUCCUGUUGAAGGAGUUCCAUGUGAUCUACGCACUGGCCCAUGUGUGUGGCCAGGACCGCACUCUGCUAGCCAGCAUUCUGCUGAGAAUAUUCCGGCACGAAAGGGUGGAGGCGCCCCUCCUCAGAACACUAAACGACCGGGAAAUUAACAUGGAAGACGAAGCGACAACGCUUUUCCGUGCCACCACGCUAGCUAGCACGCUCAUGGAGCAGUACAUGAAGGCCACGGCCACGCCCUUCGUCCACCACGCCCUGAAGGACACCAUCCUCAAGGUCAUGGAGAGCAAGCAGUCCUGUGAGCUGAAUCCCUCUAAACUGGAGAAGAAUGAGGAUGUGAACCUGAACCUCGCACAUCUCCUGAACAUCCUGUCAGAGCUUGUGGAGAAAAUCUUCAUGGCAGCUGAGAUCCUCCCACCGACUUUGAGGUUCAUUUACGGAUGUUUACAGAAAUCAGUAAAACAGAAAUGGCCUGCAAAUACCACAAUGAGGACGAGAGUUGUGAGUGGUUUUGUCUUCCUACGAUUGAUCUGCCCUGCAAUCCUCAACCCAAGACUGUUCAACAUCAUCGCCGACGCCCCCUCGUCAACGGCGAGCCGCACCCUCACGCUGGUUGCCAAGUCGGUCCAGAACCUGGCAAACCUGGUGGAGUUUGGCGCCAAGGAGCCCUACAUGGAAGGAGUCAACCCCUUCAUCAAAAACAACAAGCACCGCAUGAUCAUGUUCCUGGAUGAGCUGGGGAAUGUUCCGGAACUUCCCGACACUACAGAGCACUUCAGGACCGACCUGUCCCGUGACCUGGCCGCCUUGCACGAGAUCUGCGGGACACAUUCGGACGAGCUCCGCACGCAGAGCAACGAGAGGGGAGCGCAACAGCACGUGUUGAAGAAGCUCCUGGCGGUCUCGGAACUCCUGCAGCAGAAGCAGGCGCACUACGCCAAUUCCAACAGCAGCAGAACGGAGUGCACCAUAGUGUCCGUCAUCAGCACCAUCCAGGUCAUGUGACCCAUCGUGCCAAAGAUGAUCAAGGGACAGAAAACCAGACUGGAAUUCUGCACAAACAACCUCUUAUUGACCAUUUACAACUUGCUGAGAUCAUCUGCUUUAACCAGCUGCCCCCUCCACGUUAACAAAUGGAUCAUAUUUCACACAAAACAAUUAGCUUGCCAGUACUUUCAGCUGGCCAUUCACCAAACCGGUUCAGGCUGGUGCCUGACACGAGGGUAAAAUGGAAUUGCCCCACGCAAGAUUUGAACCUGCAACCCAGUUCACUACCUGCUGCUCCACAUUCAAUUUAAAAACCUUGCCGAGGACCUAGAAACAAGCAUCAGAAAGGACACCCAAGAAUUGGGCCUCAUAACCGGGUCAGUUCAUUCAAGUUCCACUCUUGCAAAACCAGCUCACGCUCGCACUCUGAUCCCACUCUUUAAAGCUCAGACCAGCCCAGCCCAGCCGACGGAGACGUUCCCACUGAAAACUCCUAGGACACCACAGUCAUCUCAUCCAGCCAGGUCCACAGCCCCGGGGCACCCUAAAGACAAUUCAGACGGCUGAGGUUUUGCGACAGCGAACGGGCGAUAAAAAGAAUCAGGGAAACGCAUCGUCACCUUUGAAUACGACACCAGCCUUAAAUGACGUUUUCUAUCACCACUCGGCCCAUUGUACAGUACCGCUCUCCGAUGUUUCGCCUGAUCCGACCCGUCGAGACACCGCUCAAAGAGCUGUCGGAUCAUCUUUUACACCGCUUUGCUUGUUGAUAUGACGUAAUUACGUAGGACUGCACAAAUGAUUUAUUUUGUGCUGUGUGUUAGCACCCCUUUUUCAGAAGUUUGUAGUUGAAGUUUUUCCCUCUUUAUUAGAUGCAUGUGUGGUUAACGCCCGAUAGGUCCAUCAUGGAGGUCCUGAGCGUGGUGAACGUGGUUCACUGACAAAACUAGAGAACCACAGAUAUCUUCCUGCUGCGUACGAGAGGACUGGUGGAAAGAGAGAUCAGUUUUGCCGCUGCACGUAUAUAUAUAUAUAUAUAUAUAUCUGCGAGGCUUCUAUACGUUUGCCCUGGUCUUUUCCUUAAUGACACAAUGUCUUUCCAAACAAAGCGGUUGCUGAAUUUGGAAGCGCUGCAAAGAACACGUACCUCACAGCACGCGGUAAAAUUCGACGACCAGGAAAUGCUCCGACGUUAUUUACCUCUAAGCAAACUGAUGGAUGAGCUCAAGGCAUUUCUUUUCUUUACUUUGUAUAGUUUACUUUUAUUUUUCUAAAUAGAACAGUGUCACGUGAAUGGAUCUUAGAUACGUUAGGAGGUUUGAUUGAAAAUGUAUUU